GCAAGUAUACUGACAAACUGGCCAAGGAAAAAGCACCAACUUGUGGUGAAAAGAGCACAAUCAAGCGCAGUUCACACAAACUACCGUUCAAUGGCCACUCGAUCGCGCUUCCAAUCCCCGUAGUAAGUCAGCGGUCAACGUUCUGCGCACGCGUCGUUAAAAAAAAGUCCCCAGCCAAUCAGCGGUUUUUGAGACCUGUCACUCCCGUUGUUUCAAAAUGGAGGAGCGGAGAAGAACUUUGACCAGCGAGUGCCAUUGUACAAACUUUCGGACAAUAUUGUCAUGGGGUUUUCCUAUUUAUGAGGUCCUCUGUUGGAGCGCCAAGUUUGAAUAUAUAUUGCCUGUUGUAUAAAGAAAAACCUUGUUCAGUGAUCUUGGAGGGAAUGGCGGAUAGCAGUCAUGGAGUUCUACCUUUGUAAAGAGUGUUUUCGUCUUCACUUGACCCCGGCAAGACGUGGUACGCGCUAAAUGCUGCUUUAUGUUCCUGUAAACUGUCAAACUCCUGUUCUUCCUCAUCUGCAAAGCUAUUUGCAGACGAAUAUCAGUUCGUAGAUCUUUCAAAUCUUCGUGGAGAUGGAGGAGUUCCCGCCUCCUACUUAUGGUUUUCCAGCUUCAGAAGGACCGAGAAAGUUUACGUUGCGACGGCCUUUGGUCUGUUACUCGGAAUUCUGCGACAGAGGACUCUAGAAGACUGCCCCUUCAUACGAUCCGAUUAUUUUAAAGCGUCGAUGUCGUCCAUCAAUUCUUUUGAGUUCAACCAUGAAGAUCGGUCCGAAAGUGCGGAUGAAAUCCGCCUGAAAUCUCAUGUAGCGGCAAUAGAAGUCCAGCUUUCUUCAGCGGCGAAAGAGAUUUUGACAUUAAGGAACCAGUUAAGGUCCGGUCAGUGGUCAGUGCAGUACUCAACUACGAAUACUCCACCGAUUUCGCCAUGCUCUUCUGUUCCGCCAAAAUUUCAAAGCGCGCCAAAUCUGAAGCGACGGAGUACCAUUGAAGAAAUUGAGGCAGAUCCGGACCUCUUGCCCGAGACGAAAAGGAAAAAAAUCAGAGACACUGCAGUGGGUUUGAUGGGUCAAGUAAAUAACCUCUGUGAAAGGAACGGAGAGACUUUUGGAACCAUUCUAAAAGAAUGCUGUCUCUCGGCACGAAAAGAUGACCUUGGGGCCCGAGAAGCUGUCAUCAGCACAUUUGAUAACAUGGUGCAAGUAAAGGGAGUCCGUGCUGCCUUCUCCAAGCUCGUGUCCGAAGAAUCUUGGCAAAAGAGAGUGAAUGAAAUGAGAGUUCCAGACUGGGUCUACCUGCUAUUUAAACUGAAGUCAAGAAUUUCUGACACAGCUUGGCAAGAUUUUACCAAUUUAACAAAACUUGGAAGAACUGGGAAAAAGUCAGAUGAAGAUAUAAUUCUCUUGAAGAACAACAUCAGUGCACUAAGGAAGGGAAUCUUUAAUGUCACAAGAAGCCUCAUGGGUGUGGAAAGUCUUUCACUUCCUGGCUAUGAAGUCAGCCUCCAGAAAGUGACUGUUUGGAUUAUUAGGGGAAUGCGACUGCAUGGUUGUCCACCAAAUGAGAUUGUUUUCAAUCUAAAGAUUGAUGGCCGCCCUUUCUUUGUAACUCUUGAUUACAAAGGUUUGCUACUUCUAAUGGCUAAGAUUGGGGAUGAGCACUUUGUUCUUGGUGGACAUGGACUUGCUAUUGAGUUUUGCAUUUUCUGUUUGGCUUUGAGGGCCUGUGAUUGUGAUUUGGGGAGACAUGAGGUUUGUUUGGAGCACCUCCUUCAAACCAAAGCUAACAUUGGAGGAUUUAAAAGUUUGUGAGAUGACUUAUUGUGCAUACUUGAUGAUGAACUAUCCUCGAUGUGCCUUUGUGCUCUUCACUGCGAAAUGUGGAACACUGAGCAGCUAUUAAAGAGCGUGGGUUUACUUGCUUAUGAGAUAGGUUCUCUCAAACAGUGUAAUGAGGAGUUAUCCAAAUUUGGUCCAGAGAACUUCCACUCAGAUCCGAUCACUGUGAAAUUAAAACCUGGACAACAAACAGCUCCGAGUUGAAACAAUGUUUCUGUUUCUUCGUUUUCAGGUUCCACUGAACAUAAAAUCCUCUCAGCAAUGGAAGAAAUAGUUGAAGUAUCCCUGCCUAAUGAAAAGCUAGCAGUUCAUUAUCAAGUCCCAGAGGCAGCCAAAAUGUGUAUCCUCAAUAAAAUCUCUUUCUGCGAAGCACGCCUAAAGUACUACAGGGAAAUGUUUAAAAGAAGGAUUUUUGUCCUUGACUUUGGCAAAAGACUAGAAAAGGUCAAGUUGCAAAAUUCAGGUCCUAACAGGAACUUCUGUGGUUGAUUACAGUAUGUUAAUUGGUUGGCUGAAAAGGUUUCAACAUUGUGAAUGAUUUUGGGUUAAUUUUUGGUGUGUGUAUAGAUGUCAGUAUGGAGUUGCAGAAUCGCAUAGAUUUCUGGAAGCAAAAGCAAGAGGACAUUGAAAGUCAGGUUAAAGUUCUUUAUCAACCUGUUCAGACAGUUAAGGCCAGAAAGGGAAGAAGGAAACCUCAGAAGGAGGAAAAUCGGGAGCUGAGUUGCUAUGCUGGCACACUAAUGAAGGAAUUUCUAACAAUGGUUUGCUCCCUUUGGAAGGAAAUUGCUUUAAUAAUGAGAGACAGAAUUUAAAGCAAAUGAGGAACACUUGAUCGACAUUUUUGAUGUCAAGUGCAAAGAGUGGGGUUUCCUCCUCCUGGAGAUGUUCGGGAGCAAUCUAGGAACAAGUGAUUAUGGCCACCUAACGGUAGAACAUGUUCCAGUGCUUUUUAGAGUGCAUUGCUCUCUUCGUCACCUAUCCAACCAGGGAUUUGAAGCGGCUCACAAAUUACAGCAACAGCUGUAUGCCAGAGCUACGUCACAUGAUUCAUCAGGUGACACUGCAUCAUUGGAUCAAAUCCUCACACACCUCUAUACAGAGAUGCUGCUCGACAUGAGACUAGCUUUCAAAGAGGCUAAAGGCUGCAUUGCUACAGGUAUUUAUACCUUUUGUUGGUUCCUUUGUGGUGAAUAUAAUUUGCUUCCAAUUUGUUACAAAUUUCCAAUUUCCAAUUUGUAACAUCUUGAUACUAUCCCUGUUAUAUGUCAUUUGCAACAGUGCUGCUGGCAGACUGAGCUUCAGAUAUUGCCAAAGUCCAGCCACAUGGCAAACUCUUCUUUAGAAUACUUGAACAAUUUUACACCAUCCUCUGCAGGUUUCAUUUUACACUUACCCUCUCUAGAUAGUGUGUCUAAAAUUGAACGCUGCUUUAUACUGAUGAAGCAUUGAGUACUUGAAAUGAAAAUUCCUGCACAAAAACGAAAUUUUCCUGUUGCAUGGAAUUUUUGUUCAUGAAAGUGAAGAUUUAUGUUCUGCCAAUGAAAAGUGAAGAGUGUUGAAUAAAAUAAUAGUUAUAUGAAAUACAAAAAUGC